AUGAAUAGUGAAAAUAAAUUACAAAAUGAUAAAGAACUACAGCUAAUAACAGAAAUUCUUUGUAAAAGUUCACGUUAUCAAUUACAGUCUCAAAAUCAUUACGAAUUAGUUGCUUGUACGAUUAAAAUUUUAUUAAAAUAUGCAAACAUUCCGGUACAUAUAAGAACCGUAUUAUCAAAAAGAAAGUGUAAAAGAAGAUAUCAGCAUGCUAAGAACAAUUAUAUUAAGUUACUUAAAAUUUUUAUAACAGAAAAACAAGGAGAUAUUAUAAAAAUUAUUAUUGACAUCAUAAAUCAAGAAAAAUUUUGGCAAGUAAAAGAAGUUUGUGUUAAUAUAAUUAAAAGUCUCUUUGAAUAUGGAUAUAAUGCGUCAUUAGUGUAUCAUGAAAUAUGUGAUAAAAUUGAAUUUUCAGAAAAUUCUAUGGAAGUUGAUAUCAAAUUUAUUGUAAAAGUAUUAUAUAAAUUGUUUCAUACUUAUAAUUGGCCAGAAACUGAAGAAACUGUAAUAUUCUUAAAAAGAUUUCUUAAUCUGUACUAUAAGAGUUUAUAUAAUGUUUCUGAAGAGUUAGACAAAUUACCCUUUACUCAUUUAAGAAGUAGCUUAGAAUUAUGUGUUAGGCAUAUUAUCCAAAAUACAUCCAAUAAUCAUCUUCUUAUCAUAAUUCAACAUAUGAGUUCUUGGUCAAUUAAUGAAAAUAUAAAUGAUAAUGUUAUUCUUAAUUUCGGUAGUACUUUGGAAUAUGCAGCUUAUAUGCAUAAAGGAGAAUUGCUUGCUAGUAUUCUAACUUCUGAUAUUCUGUCUCUUAUAAUGCAAAUGAUUAAAUCAAAUAUUCGAUUUGUAUCUUUAUUAGGAAAUCGUGUUUUACAACAUCUUAUUGAUAGAGGUAAAAAUAUAAUGUUAUUUAAUACUCCAAAAAUAUUUUUUGAAGAUGUUAAAUUAACACUAAGAGUUAAUAAAUACGAUAAAAAAGAUAUCAAAUUCUUAAAGGAACAUAGAGAAAUUAUACAUGAAAGUUUAAUUAAGAGUUUUAUCAAUCACAGACAUACUCGUUUAAAUUUAGAAACAACAUAUUGUACAGCUUGUUUAUUAGCCAUAGAAGUACCCUGUGGAUUCACUGCUGCUGCUUUAUCAUGCCUUAUGAUAAAUCUUCAAGAAAUUAUUAUAAAAAAAUCAAAUCAAAUUGUUUUUUUAAUUAAUGUACUUUUUUAAAUUCAUGCCAUCAUCAUUUCUGUUAUAUCCUUCAUAUGUUGGAUUCAUAAUGCGAAAGACUUUCAUAUAUAUGUAAAUAAAGUAGUGAUGGAAAGAGCUCAAUGGGCACCACAUCUUAAUCCACCACUGCAGUCACAUUAUAAAUUUGCAGAACAUCAUGUUCUUUGGAACAAGUCUGAUUUGUUUCUUAUUGACUGGGAAGUACGUUAUGGGUUAUGGAAACGGUUUAGAUUGAAAGAAUCGAUAAAAUCUAUAACUACAUCGAUUUCAUAUAAGAAUUAA